AUGUUUACACACUCCAAUCCGGUAGCAUUGAGAAGUCAUAAGAAAUCUCAGGGAGGGUGCAAAAGCUGUAAGGAAAGAAGAGUGAAGUGCGAUGAAGUCAAACCAUUGUGUGGGAAGUGUGCUGUCCAUUACGUUAACAUUAGGACCUGUGAGUGGACAGCUCCCAAGCCAAGAAAAAGCGGUUUGGGAAAGACAGCAAAUGCUCUCAAACCGAAGUCUUCAGUGCCUACCGGCGCCAAAAGCCCCUUAAAGCAAAAUAUCACACGACAACCUACAAAUAAAAUCGAACUUACCGAAGCCGAAGCCGGAAAGGGAAAAUGCAAGCAGCAUUGUCCAUGUCAUGACCCUAUCGUCACAACCCUCUCCACGCUGCCAACAUCAAUCCACUCCCAGUACUGCACAAACCCGCUCUGGCUUACCACAGCGAUCUCCAGUCCUACUCUCUUCAGUGCAACACUCUAUGUCUGUUCAAUGCAUCGAGCAGGACUAGAUGGGAAACGAGAUACUGCUGAAGCUUUAUGGUACAAGAGCGAGACCAUCAGGUUGUUGAACGAGAGCUUGAGAGAGGAGGGCGGCAAGAACGACGUGACAGAUGAAACCAUUGCUGCUGUGGUUCUGUUGACACAUGUCUUGGCCGUGGUAGGCUUGAAAAGCGAAGUGGAUGCCCACAUUAAAAGAAUUCAAUUGAUGGUGAAAACGAGGGGUGGAAUCAAUAACGUUGCUUGGAACAGUAUGUUAUUACAUAUGCUUUGCACAACCAACCACAUCACCGCAGUUCUUUCUGACGACCCUAUCAUUUCAGCUCCGGCUACUGACGAAGUCGGGAUGGUGGACACGCAUCAGCAAAUCUCCAAACCUGCAUCUGAAACUGCAGAAGUCUUCCCAGAAUUCGCCGCCAGAGUUGGAUUUCAUAAGACAAUGGUCUCAUUGUUGCAGCGUAUGGGAUUCUUGUACGGGGUGGUUGAUGUGUUUACGCAAAAGUUCAUUCCGGCUUAUAGGGAUGAGUUUCUAGCCAUUUGUUUAUGA